UCCCGGCAUCUUUUCCUCGCCCAUCUCUUGUCGUUUCGCGAUUUAAUAAAUCCGCCCAUCUUCAUCUCGAGGACCUCAGGCCGUUCCUUGAUCGCCUCACCGUCGGCGAACCCAUCGAACUCCGGCGUCUUCGCGUUGUUGAGCGCGGCCAGAAUUGCGGAAAGUACGUGUACCCGUCGAACUCGAGUUCCCGAUGGGUAACAGCCAGGGCAAGCCCGUUGAACUCAACGGCGAAGUGAACCUCAACCAUUUCCGAUUGCUACGAGUCGUCGGCCGCGGUGCCUUCGGUAAAGUGCGGAUAGUCGAGAGGAAGGACACAGGCUUGUCCUUUGCCCUCAAGUACAUUCGCAAAGAUGAGGUGGUGCGAUCCGAGAGCGUCCGGAACAUCAUACGAGAACGUCGAAUGCUCGAGCACGUAAACCAUCCCUUCAUCUGUAACUUGCGUUACAGCUUCCAAGAUAUCGAGUAUAUGUAUCUUGUGGUCGACCUCAUGAGCGGAGGCGAUCUCCGUUUCCAUAUUUCGAGGAAGACUUUCACCGAGGAUGCUGUACGAUUCUGGAUAGCCGAACUGGGUUGUGCACUGCGAUACGUGCAUGGACAGGGCAUCAUACACCGAGACGUGAAGCCAGACAACGUGUUGCUCGACUCGGACGGCCAUGUUCACUUAACUGACUUCAACGUUGCCUCGGAUGUCGUCCCCGGAAAGGUCCUCACGAGCAAAUCCGGCACUCUCGCCUACCUCGCCCCCGAAGUCUAUGCCGGGAAGGGUUACGACGUCAGAGCCGACUGGUGGUCGUUGGGUGUGCUCUUCUACGAGUGCAUAUACAAUAAGCGUCCUUUCGAGGGCAAUUCAGAAACGACCUUGACAAAUGUCAUUCUCGCCGCGAGCCCGAAAUUCCCCGUCACGCAACCCCCCGUCUCGCUGCCGUGUCUAUACGCCAUCGGUUCCGCUCUGAAUCCGAACCCGGACCAGAGACUGGGCCAUACCUGGAGCAGUUUCAUAAAUGAGCCAUUCUUCCAAUCGAUUGACUUCGAAGCCUUGGAAAGGAAAGAACUAGAGCCAGUGUUUGUCCCGUCGGCGGACAAGACCAAUUUUGACGCUACUUACGACCUCGAAGAAUUGCUACUGGAGGAAGCACCGCUAGAGGCCAGGGCCCGGAGACAGAAGCCUAGGGAGAGAUUAAAGGACGACGCCACAGAAAAGGAGAUUCGGGAAGAGGAAUUGUACCGCUCCAUCGAGCGAGACUUCCGGCCGUUCGAUUAUACCGUGGCUGCUUAUAAGAAAAUCACGGCAGGACAAAACGGAGGAGGAUCUGGCGAAUUUGACUCCAGCUCCAGUCCAGCCGGCGGUGAACCCCAGGCCAUCACUACGGAUGAUGUCACCGCGGCUCCCGCUACCAACGGCAAUUCGCGGCAAUUAUACCAGCCUUCGGCAGCACAGGAUUCGAUAUCGUCAGACAAGGGCUCCCAGAACAACAACCGUACGCCUAAGAUCGUGCCGAAAGCGCCGCCACCACUAGCAUCCUACCAUCGGACGUACACCAAGAGCAUGUCUCAACCGUCGGGCAUACAAGUCAAGUCGCCGACCGGCGGGAUAUCGGUGACGCUCGAGGAUACGGGUAGCUGGUCUGACCUAGCGCGCAGAGAUACUACGCUGCCGGCUGAUGCGAGUGCCGCGACUGACGACAAGCAGGGUUCCGGGGGCGGUGGUGUGUUUGGGCUCUUUGGUCGCAAGAAGAGGGGCCACAGUCCCAAGCCGAAAGAGAGGGGAGUUUUGGGCAAAGAAGGGGCGCGGCAAGUGGUCCGCUGAUUUCUAGUAGCAAGGGAGGGGCGUUCAUCAACGGCCUUCCGGACGCCCGGCGACGAUCAACGAGACCCCACGUUUUGUUUUAGCCGGCGAUCAUAGCCCUCAUCCACCAUGGGUCGGGAAACCCACGCGGAUCUUACCGAAUUGCAGUUACAGUCCAAUGGGCUCUCCAACUCCGCUCACGACACUUAGAUCGGUGGCUGGCAACCACAGUCGUCGAUGCGCCAACCCGGAUGCCCCAGUCGGUUCCGAAUACUCUCGGACAACGUUGGUGAUGCAGCGAUACCAAAAGGCGGCAUCGGCCUCGGUUCUCCCCAGGAGUAAUACCGAUACUUUCAACAGCUUAGUCGAACGAUACCGACAUGCCCGGUUUAUCUUCGACUCGCACACACACACACAUCAUCUGUCCCCCGUUCAGGAAGCCGCUCGGGGCAG